AGUGUAAGUACGAUGGAAGCCAUGGUGAAAUUUAAAUCCUCCUCUUUUCCCCUUCACCAAAAGCAACUGGGCGUUUUUUUUUAAAUCAACAAUGAAGGAUAUCUACAAGCAAGACGAACUCGCCAUCCCUGAGGGUGUCAAGGUCGAGAUCAAGUCUCGUCAAAUCACUGUUGAAGGUCCCCGUGGUGUUCUUAAAAAGAACCUCCGUCACUUGAACAUCGAGAUCACUCUCGUUGGUGACAAGAUCCGUUUCGUUGUCCAUCACGGUCUCCGUAAGCACGUUGCCUGUAUCCGUACUGUCCGCUCUUUGAUCAACAACAUGAUCGUUGGUGUUACCAAGGGUUUCGAAUACAAGUUGCGUUAUGUCUACGCACAUUUCCCCAUUAACUGUAUCAUCUCUGAUGCUGCUGAUGCCGUUGAGAUCCGUAACUUCUUGGGUCAAAAGGUUGUCUUCCACGUCAAGAUGCGUGAGGGUGUCACCGUUGAAGCCUCCAAGAACCAAAAGGAUGAGCUUACCAUCACCGGUAACUCUCUCGAGAACGUUUCCCAAUCCGCUGCUGAUAUUCAACAAUCUUGUCUCGUCAAGAACAAGGAUAUCCGUAAGUUCUUGGAUGGUAUCUACGUUUCCGAGCGUAACGUUAUGGAAGCUUAAAUUAUCUUUCUUUUAAUUUUACUCUUUGACUUUUACAACUUUUUUUGGAUAAAAAAAAACCUUGUUUUUGUGUUUUUUAAUAAAUAGAAGAACUUUUUUUUUAAUUCUUAAGAA